GCAUUGUAACGGAUCGCAGGUCACGGACGCUUGGAUUAACGGUACUCUUGCCCUCAGUGUCAACUGUGUGUGUGUGAUAGUGUGCGUGAGUGUGUGGACCGGUCAACAGAAAAAAACAUAAUUAAAACCCCCAAAAAACGCCACAUGUGCAUGAGUGGUCAAAAAAGUGGAUUAGUGUAACAGUUGAUAGUUCGAAAAAUCACUUUCGAAAUGAUUUCAAACGAAAUAUGAUCAAAAACAGCUGAUGAACAGCGUGUAAAACAGCAUAAAACCAAAACAAAGUGAUCUAGAUAAAAGUGUUUUCACCAAAUUGAUUAUUUAGGAAGGAAGGCUGAUCAUAUUCCCCCCAAAAAAGUCACAAAAACUAUCAGAAGGAGCAGGAAGCCAUUCGAAACAUAAAUCCGACAGAAAUCAACAAUCAACAUGUUUGGCCAUCUCAAUUUGCUGGCCGCUCUGUUUUUCAUCGGCACACUGAAAGAUUUCAGCGUUGCUGGCCUGAAACUGACCGAGGUUCGCAUACCGAUGUACGUGAUUAAGGGUACCGCGGCGCAAUUGGAGUGUCUGUACGAUCUGGAUGGCGAGGCCCUCUACUCCGUUAAAUGGUAUAAGGAUGGCAACGAGUUUUACCGCUAUGUGCCGCGGGACAUGCCUCCUGCUCAGACCUUCCUGCUGCCUGGUGUUAGCGUCGAUUUGCACAACUCGAGCGACGCGACUGUUACGCUGCGCAACGUCAAUCUGCAGUCGGCGGGCCGCUUUCGGUGCGAGGUUUCUGGCGAGGCACCCUCCUUCCAAACGGUCACCGAGCACGGCGACAUGACUGUUGUGUCACUUCCGGACUCCGAACCAAAAAUCAGUGGCGGACGACCGCGUUACCAGAUCGGUGACUAUGUACGACUAAAUUGCACCGCUGGACGCUCUAAGCCCGCCGUUAAACUAUCCUGGAAAGUAAAUGGAGAACCAGUUGAACUGCAGAAACUUCGCAAAUAUGACAACAUUGUAUCGGGUCGAGAGGGUCUGGAGACCUCUAUACUGGGACUACAAUUCCGGGUGGAGCAGAAACAUUUCCGCAAUGGCGAUAUGAAACUUAAGUGCGUAGCCGAGUUGUCGACCUUGUACUGGCGAAGCAAUGAGGAGUCCGUGGAGGGCGACCGGCCGCAGAAGGCGCCCGCGCUCGAGUCCCGGGAAACGGUCUAUGCCAGCAACUCGCGCGCCGAUCCCGUCCAAGGUACGUCUUACCGGGAAUUAUUUGUGACCAAAAUCUUAUCGCUCUUGUUCGUCCAUCCAAAUGCAGCCAGUUCCACGGCUCCGCCGCAGUCGACUCCUGCGCCCCUCCUUCUUUUGUUGGUGGCGUUAGCGGUGGUGGUGGCAUCCCUGGCGAAGGAUAACGCCAAAGAUAUAGAUAAGAUAUCGUUGGAUCGGACAGCAACUGGAGGGAUUGGGAUAACGGGAGGAACCCAGGAGGCUAAUGAGUUGCUGGCUGACCGCGAGGAGGAAAUUUACAGGACGAGAGCAGGAAAAUCCGCGACGCAGCUGGAAAAAAUGGCAUUGACUGUACGGUAGCUGCAUUAAGCCACAAGGCGACUAUUUCCCUCCACAAUACACACACACUUUUCACCGAUUUUUCCGUCUUCGCUUUGCAUAGAAAAACAAACAAAAGAAACUCACUGAAAAUCAAAAACAGGAAAUGAACAAAAAAAUAUAUAUGAAAAUCAAGCAAAUCGAAAGAAAUUCAGCUUAUUUAUUUAUGCCGUUAACAAAAGCUUUCAUGAAUUUAAUUUUUAACAAAGGAAAACAAAUACUAUCUAGAGCAUAAAUUACAAUUACUUGUGUGAGAACGAGGAAAAUUGUAUGUGGAAAAGCGUGCAAAUGUUUUAACUCUCUACGGAAAUGUUAAAAUUCGUGUCGAAAGAAUAAACCAACUGUAAAUAGUUAAUGUUUAAUAUAUAUAUUUAUGUAACUGUAUUGUAUGUUAUUAAUUGUUAAGCUCACUCACAAAAAAAACAGAAUUUAAAUAUCACCAGAACGGAAUAGAAGGGAAAAUGAAUGGAAAAUCCUUCAAGAAAAGUUGGUCAAGGCAAAAUACGAGUUUAAAAGAAAAAUGAAAAUAAUUAUAACUUUGUAGGAAAAGUAUUGGUAAGAAUAUCUUAGCUAAGUGGAGAUUAAGAAAGGUUUUAAGAAAAUAUACAGGCUGAAUUAAGUGUAUGUUUUACAGUCCUUAAUGAAAGUAUAAUUUAUAAUAUGUGUCUAAAAUAAACGUUAGCAGUUUAAUAAAAGAUAAAAAAAAAUUAUGAUAAAAAAUCUGUAAUAACUGGUCUUUCGUUAAGUACUGUAAAACCACGCAAGUUCAUCCAAAAUAAAAAAAGAUGUCUUCUCUAAAUAGAUGAUUUUUCUAUAAAAUUUUCGUUGUUCGGUGAGCAUGAAUUAAAAGUUGUAAAAUUGUAAUUAUUUAAUAAUGAAUAAUGCUACAGAUAAGAAAUCACAUAAACACAAACCAAAAAAGCACUUAAUUUAAAAAACAAAAAAAAAUAAAAAAAAAACUCGGAAGAAGAGAAAAACUAAUCAAAGUUAGAAAUUACAACUUGGUGACUGUUGGAAAAGUCUUAAAACUAACAAAAACAUAUCGUACAUUUAUAUGAAUUGCCAAAGUCUUAAUGGGUAUUAACUAAAAGCGAGUGCGUGCUUCUGUGUGUGUUUGAUCCUUUAUUGAAAAAAAGGAAAAACUAAUAACAUUCCGGGUUCGACUAAGCCAUCAUCCAGAGGAAAUGUAAACCGUUUAGUUAGCCAAAUGUUAGAAACAAUAGCAAAAGUCAAAGGAGCAUAAAAAAAAAGCAAAUUUAAACAAUAGCGAAAUGAUUGUGAUGAAGCCUUAAUAACAAAGUUGAACUCAAUUCAGAUGUUAAAUUAAGUGAAAUGAAACGAAAUCAAAUGAAAUGAAAUGGAUUUUAUUGUGUAAAUAGAAAGGCGCUUUGUCCAUGGAUUCCAUACUAUUUUCCCCAUUGAUGUCCAUAAAUUCUGUGUGUAAAUAUGAUUAUGAGCUAACUAAAUUAGAGUUAAGAAGAUAGUAGCAGCAGCAAAACAAAAAUCACAAGAGAGGAAACAAAACAAAAAGCCAGAGCCAAUUUUAAUAAUAAGCGAAAAACAAAUGAAAAAAUAUUAAUUAUACAUUUAAAUAUCGAUGAGCGAACAUUCAAAUGCUAAUUGAGUACAAUUGUGAACGCCUGAACUGGUGAGUGCGUGUAUGAAUGGCAAUUAAAGCAUAGAUAUAGUAUAUAUUGUACACCCACACACUUAUAUAAAUCUGCAUUGUUGUCAACUGUAACUGUUUUUUAAGUCUUAUUUAAUAUCAAUGCCAUUAACUGCAAUUAAAACGAAAAUUACUAAAAAUAAAAUUUAAAAACAAUGCAAAUGUACUAAACAAAAAUAAAAAACUAUAAAUUGCAUUAACGUUAAUUCGAAAAACAAAACAUAAAUGUGUGGUAAUUGUAAGUGUAAAUUAUUUGUGUAUUUAAAUAACAACUUUUAGAUGUAUAAAAUGGGCAAGAAAAUAAAAGUAAAAAGUAUAAUGCAUUCGAAUCUAUACGAUAAACUCUAUGUGAAACCGUAAACAAUUCAAACCUAACAAGCUGCCACGUAAGCUGAUAGGAAUUAUUUACAACUCAACUCAAAUCAAAUGCCAUAAAGUAACUUCAACUGAAUUUAAAUGCCAGACGAAGAUGAGAAGUCUCUGUAAAUAUCUUUAAGCCUCAUUCAAUGUGCGAACCUUAUUCGCAGGCGAUCCAAAAACUGAAAGAAGAAUUGUGAAGUAAACGAGUGGAAAUUCAUUAAUAAAACAUAUUUGUUUCAAAAUCAAAAGACAGACUCCUUAUUUCAUUAUCUUAAGAAGAGGGAUGUUCAUAUUGUUUACCUUCUCCAACUCAUAUAUAUUAUUUUUACCUUCCUUGGAAUUUGUCUUUUUAUUUAUGUAACUCCACAUUAAGCCAGCUUCAAUUAUUUCGCAAAACCAUGGCAGGAUAACCUGUCCGGUUGUAAGAAGAUACUUUUUCUGUAUUCCUUUUUAUUUUUGUUAGAUGCAACACAAAGAAAAUUGGGUAAUUUUAAGAAAAUAUUUCAAAUACGUGAAAAUGUUCUCGCCGAACGUGACAACAACCUUCGACGACAAAUAAAAAAGUAAUCGAGACAGAAGAAGGGAACAUCGUACAAAACAUUUAGCAGUAAAAAAGGAGCAGUUACCCAAAAAGUAGAAAUGCUGAAAAAACGGUCAAAAGACGCAAUGCUUCGAUAUGCGUACAAAGCUUAAAAAAAAGGCGUGGAAAUUAAGAAGUCAACUAAAGCAAAAUAUUAAAAGCUUAAAAU